CGGGAAUUUUUUACAACCGGGGUAACCGAUCUGACCUGCCGCCAGUUGAAACUUGUCGUGGUCACUUUUCUAGUUUGCUAGACAGCUGUAUGGCUCUCAAUAAGUUGAGCAUCGACGCUUUGGAUUUGCAAGGGAAGCGAGUGGUGAUGAGAGUGGAUUUCAAUGUGCCAUUGAAGGGACAGGAAAUCACAAAUAAUCAAAGGAUUGUUGCAGCUUUACCAAGCAUUCGUUAUGCUCUUGAACAUGGGGCAAGAAGUGUUGUGUUAAUGAGUCAUCUUGGACGUCCAGAUGGGCUACCAAAUGAUAAAUACUCUUUGGGCCCUGUUGCAACUGAACUUCAAAAACUGCUUGGAAGAGAUGUGUUGUUUCUCAAUGAUUGUGUUGGAGAAGAAGUUGCCACUGCAUGUGCUCAACCAGAAACAGGAAGUGUGAUCUUGCUGGAAAAUCUUCGUUUUCAUGUAGAAGAAGAGGGAAAAGGAAAAGAUCAUGAAGGAAAAAAGGUGACUGCUACCAAAGAUGCAAUUGAAGCGUUCCGAUCAUCUCUCACUCAGCAUGGAGAUGUUUAUGUCAAUGAUGCAUUUGGUACUGCACAUCGUGCUCAUAGUUCAAUGGUUGGAAUCAAGAGUGAUCAAAGAGCAUCAGGCUUUCUGGUUAAGAAAGAGCUAGCUUUUUUUGCCAAGGCAUUGGAGAAUCCUGACCGUCCCUUUCUUGCCAUACUGGGAGGAGCAAAAGUAAAAGACAAGAUCCAACUGAUUGAAAACAUGUUGGAUAAAGUGAAUGAGCUGAUCAUAGGAGGAGGAAUGGCAUACACAUUUCUCAAAGUUUUGCAUGGAAUGGCGAUUGGCAACUCACUGUUUGAUGAGGAAGGUGCCAAGAUUGUUGGAGAUUUGAUCAGCAAAGCUGAACGUAACAACGUGAAAGUUCACCUUCCUGUGGAUUUCAUCACAGCUGAUAAAUUUAGUGAAGACGCUAAUACUGGCAGUGCUACUAGAGAUUCAGGAAUUCCUGAUGGCUGGGAAGGCCUUGACUGUGGCACCGAAAGUGUGAAACUGUUCAAUGAUGUUGUGGCUCGAGCUCAAACUAUAGUUUGGAAUGGGCCUGUUGGUGUGUUUGAAUUUGACAAGUUUGCUAAUGGUACUAAAGCAGUUAUGGAUGCUGUUGUUGCAGCCACACAGAGAGGAGCUACUACAAUUAUUGGUGGGGGUGACACUGCUACUUGUGCAGCAAAGUAUGGAACUGAGGACAAGGUUAGUCAUGUUAGCACUGGAGGUGGGGCCAGCCUGGAACUUCUGGAAGGCAAGACACUGCCUGGUGUUGCUGCUCUUUCUGAUGCUUGAAGCUCUUGGUGUGACAGGAGAUUGAGAUGCUCUGGAUUAUGUCGUUGAUUUUAGGAAUAGUUAUCAAUAAUUGUGGUGUUUCCUUUGAAUUGUUGUGAAACGUUUGCUUUCAUGAAAAUGAUGACAGACCAUUCCAAUAA